UUAACAUCAAAAAAUAGGAAUUCACUCUCCAGUUAAUAUUUGUGAGUAGAUUAUUUAAUCUGCAGUGUGUUGAUGCUGUGCUGUGCAAGGAACUGUGAGCAAUCCUUGGAUUUUGGAUUCCAGUCACUAUGUGGAAAAAACAUUCUGUCUUUUGCCUUUUUGUUUUGGCUGUUGCUACCAAUUGUAUAGUGUAUGGACAAACCAGAAGAAAGGGACAAAGGCCAAGUUCUCUUCUAGCAAGACAAGACAAUCUUCAGGAUUCCAUCUGCUUCAUUGAUAUGCUCUUUAUCCUGGACACUUCAGAAAGUGCCAGAGGCGAACUCUUUCAGAAUCAGAAAGAUUUUGUCAACCUUUUAAGUGACAAAGUUUUCCGCCUGAAGUCCAGUCAAGUCCAACGGUAUGAUAUCCAGCUGGCACUCAUGCAGUUCAGCAGCUCAGUCAUUAUUGACCAUCACUUUAGAUCCUGGAGAGGCCUACAGAACUUUAAGCAAACCUUCUCCAGAAUGUCCUUUAUUGGACAUGGCACCUACACCUAUUAUGCUAUUUCCAACGCUACUCAUUUGUUCCAAACAGAAGGCCGGGAAAAAAGCAUCAAAGUGGUUUUGUUGAUGACUGAUGGUAUUGACCAUCCAAACAGUCCUGAUGUUCAGGCUGUCUCUAACAAUGCCAGAACUCUUGGAAUAUCUUUCAUCACCAUUGGUCUUUCUAAUGUUGUCGAUCGAGCCAAAAUGCGUUUGAUAUCUGGUGAUUCUCCUGGGACGCCUGUCCCAAUCUUAGAUGAGGUCAACCUUUCAGAUAAAAUCCGGGACCGGUUGGAAACUUUAUUUAAUCAGAAGUGCUGUGAGGGAGAUCGCUGUGAACAAAAGCGCUGUGAAUGCCAAAAGGGAGAGCCAGGACCUCCGGGACCUUCUGGAUAUCAUGGUGAUAGAGGGCAGAAGGGUGAACGAGGAUCUAAAGGAGAAAAGGGUGAUGUUGUAAAAGGAGACCAUGGAGAAAAAGGUUCUGAGGGAAGUCCUGGCUUAAUGGGAGAAAAGGGUAACAAAGGGGAAUGUGGAAUACCAGGCCUAAAAGGAGACAGAGGGGAGGAAGGUCCAUUUGGCCCAAAGGGACCAAGAGGCCCUCAGGGAAUUGCUGGCCCUCCUGGUGAACCUGGUCCAAAAGGUAUUCAAGGAAGGAAGGGGGAGACAGGCCUAACAGGCCCUUAUGGUCCUCCAGGAGUCCCUGGAAUUGGCUAUCCAGGACCUAAGGGUGAGAGAGGUCAGGAAGGAAGAACGGGGCCUCCAGGACCUACUGGAAUUGGAGAGCCAGGCUCAAUAGGCCCCCGUGGUCCUCAGGGUGUGCAAGGUGAAAGGGGUCAACCAGGAGAAGGACUUCCAGGACAGAAGGGUGAAAAAGGUUCUGAAGGACCAGCAGGACCGGUUGGGGCACCAGGCCAGUUCAUCAAAGGUGAUAAGGGUGAGCGAGGAAUGGAUGGACCACAGGGCCCAAUGGGACCAGCUGGAACUGGCGUCCAAGGAGUUCAGGGAAUUCAAGGUCCAAAAGGUGUACCUGGGAUAAAAGGGUCACGAGGCAUGGGCCUGCCUGGGCCAAAGGGACAAGAUGGUGCACCUGGACAAAAAGGAGACAUGGGGCCACCAGGAAUUGGACUACCUGGAUCUAAAGGAGAUCCAGGAAUACCAGGAUUUCCAGGAGAAAAUGGGAAACCAGGAUUAACUGGAGAACUGGGGAAAAAGGGGGAACGAGGAUCUCCUGGUCCAAGAGGCCCAGAAGGGAUGCCUGGGAGAGGAGAAAUGGGGCUAAAGGGUGAAAUGGGACAGAAAGGAGAGCAAGGAUUUGCUGGUGUGAGAGGAAUAGCAGGUCCUCCAGGGCCAAAGGGUGAACCUGGAAUCAAAGGUGCAGUUGGUAGCCCUGGACCUUCAGUUCGUGGGCCUCCUGGCCUCAAGGGAGAACAAGGAUUUGCUGGGCCUCCUGGAAAUGAUGGAAGUCCUGGAAAUUCUAUUAUGGGACCUAUGGGCAUUCCAGGAUUGACUGGGCCACGUGGACUGCCAGGGCCAAAAGGAGAUGGCUUUCCAGGUCCACAAGGACUUCCAGGAGCACCUGGUCCUCAGGGACCAAGAGGCCUCAAAGGAGCAGGUGACCCCGGACAAAAGGGAGAACCUGGGACAAGAGGACCCCCAGGGCCCCCUGGGCAGCCAGGAAUCGGAAACCCUGGGCCAAAGGGUGCCAUGGGGCAAAAAGGCUUGCCUGGUCCACAGGGCCCUCCAGGAUACGGUACACAAGGAAGUAAGGGAGAAAAUGGAGUUCAAGGCUUACCAGGACCAAAAGGCUCCAUGGGGGUUGGACUUCCUGGUCCUAAGGGAGAAUAUGGAGAGAAAGGGGAUCAAGGAAAAAGAGGUGAUAAAGGAGAGCUUGGAGAACCUGGACCUGCAGGAGCAAGGGGAUUUUCAGGAGCUAAAGGUGAACCUGGUCUUACUAAAGAAGAAAUAAUCAAACUUAUAAUGGAAAUAUGUGGCUGUGGGUUUGACUGCAGGGAUAGUCCUUUGGAACUUAUAUUUGUGAUUGACAGCUCUGAAAGCGUGGGGCCUUCCAAUUUUGGUCUCAUCAAAGGCUUUGUAAAAGCAGCUAUUGACAAAGUCCGAGUCGACCCAGCGACAGCCCGUGUUGGCAUCAUUAACUUCAGCCACAAAGCAUAUGUGGUAUCCACUUUGACACAAUGCACCAGCCAAGACUGCCUGAAUAUUGCUGUUGAUAAAAUGCUUUAUUUAGGAGAGGGCACAUACACAGCUACUGCUCUCAACAAAACCAUUGAGUUGUUCCAAGAGGCUCGACCAGAGGUAAAAAAAGUGGCCAUUGUCAUAACAGACGGGCAAGCUGAUGUUCGUGAUGAAAAGUUGGAGGAUGUGGUGAAGCAUGCACAUGACCGCAACAUAGAAAUGUUUGUAAUUGGUGUGGUUCAGAAGACGAAUUCCAAUUAUAGAAAUAUUCGGAAAGAGAUGGAGCUCAUCGCUACGGACCCAGACAGUGAGCAUAUCUGCGAGAUACAUAAUUUCCUCGCCUUGCGAUCUCUUGAGGAAAAGAUCUUCAAACAAAUUUGUAAGAAUGUUUCUGCUGCCCACAUCAAGAAAGUGCUCAGUUCAUCCUCCACACUUUACCCUGAAGGUGAACACACAGGACACUUUGCCAGAGCACAGACGCCAGAACCAUACAUCCCUUCAUUUAAGCCAGAAACAGAUUCUAUAUACCCUUCUUGGACACGCAGAGAACCCUAUGCCACUACACCUUCUCCUAGGCAUACUCCUGCUACUCAUAGGCCAGAUCAUUGGGACCCCAGAGCCCACACACCAGCGAUUCCUCUCUUGCCUCAUUCUACUCAUCCUGUGCAGCCAACAUCAGCCAUUGUACAGCCUCCAAUAGUGAUAGGCAGAGCAAAAGCUGCCAGGUGCUUGGAACCAAUGAGACCCGGAGAGUGUCGAAACUACCAAGUGAAGUGGUAUUAUGACAAGGAUGCCAAUUCUUGUGCCCGAUUCUGGUAUGGUGGCUGUCAGGGAACCCAUAACCGGUUUGAGACAGAACAGGAGUGCCAAGCAAUUUGUGUUCAAGACUAAGCAAAGUAGAUUUCAGCUGAGAUGGUGACAAAUGUUUCAGGAUUCUGCAGUGAAUUCCAAAUGCUGGGUUAAUACAAGUACUGUUUGUGUAUUGUGUCUCAGUGCUUUUUACGAUAUGGUAUAUAUGUUCAAUAGAUUUGAUAGAGUAUUUUACCUGAUGGCUUCACUUACAUAAAGCAACUUAUCCUAACAUGUUUACUGUUUAGUACUACAGGUAGCAAAGCUUCAGGAACUUUAACAAAGCAAACACAAGUCUACCUUUAAUUAGAACAGGGUUAAGUGUUAAGGGGAAAACUACAAUAAAAAGCAAAACAAAUGAGGCUUGAAACUGGUAUAAACUUAAAACCAUUAUUUCCCAUUUGUUGCUCUUAUUAGAUUGCUAGUAAAAACUUUAAAAACUCUUACUAAAGCUUGCAUUAAAACUAAAUUCAAUUUUGCAGCUACUGAUCAUAUUAAAAAUGUGAUCAUUAGAAAAAAAUGACAGCAUUUAAUACAUUCUGAAGACAGCUAGUAGCCCCACAAUAGCUGACAAAAACUGGUAGUCCUGGGCACCAAAGUGCAUUCCUGUUCACAUCACAAGAUGUGACCAGCUAGUUUAGUGAGGCUCAGAUUAGUAUUUCAAUGAGGCUGUACAUCUGUGUUAGAAACACUCACAGAAGACUGCUUACAGAUACAGAUCUCUUACUAAAUCAGGGGCAGGUAUUUUUAACUGAUUUAGAGGAGAGGUUAAUACACAUUCUUAUUUCUCAGGGCUCUUGUACAAAAGAGUGAAAUAAAACUUAGAUAGUAAUCAUUGCAGAAGAACUUAAAAGGCACUGAAAGAUGUACAUAAAAUUGUAUAUUUUCAUACUAGGUUUUCUUUUCAAAUCUUAAACCUACACAAGUACUGUACAAGCUAAAUUGACGGACAAUGAUUAAAUUGGUCAUAUAAUCUAGACAGGUGUUUCUCAUUUGGAAAUUACUAGAGUUGUGGUAUUCAGGUGAAGUGUUAAUGAAGACAUGGGGAAAAGAUGAGUCUCUGCUUGAAUUGUGGAGACAUCCAAGUUUCUGCAAGAACAGCAGAACGUAAGUGAAGAUGAUAUAGAUGCAAGGAUGCUUCCAAUUGCCACACUAGAUGCAAUGUACAUUGCUAUGUAACCAGAAGACUCCUGAGCAUUGGUAGGCUGUUUCUUGGAAGAGCUGGUGGUAUCUUAUCCUGUUCUGCAGCUUCCUAGACACGCACUUGACUGUACUCAGCAAUUGAACUUGCUGAGUACAGACACUUGACCAAUGCAAUCUUAAGUAGAGUUACAGCACUCUAGAGAUGGGCAUGAACCAGGAAAAAAAAAAGAACCAUGCGGUUCGUGGUUCGUCACAUUUCACGAACCUGCCCCGCUUCACGAAUCAGCUUGUUUUGGUUCGUGAAAAUGUCACUUCCGAGUCAGCAGAAAGUCUUCAGGAAGUCCAUCUCAUUGUCUAGAAUACUGAUUGACCGGUGUCAGGCUGUCUGCAGUGAUUAACUGAAAAACGAAGCAAACGAACCAGCCUAAAGUUCAUGGCGGUUCAUCAGAAAUGGGAUCUGACGAACCGCUGAUUCACAAACCACAAACCAGCCUGGUUCAUCAUGAAUUUUGGUUCAUAUUUCAGUUCAUGCCCAUCUCUACUCUAAACCCAUUGACUUCACGGGGCUUAGAAGGGUGUAACUCUGCUUAUGGUUGGAAAUGCAUAAGUCAAGCAUUUUCAUUUCCAACAACAACAAAGAUGGAAAAUUCUUUGAUCUAGUUCAUAGAUGUUUUGAGAGCGAGCAUGUAGAUGGUAAAAGAACGAGGAGCUUCUUCCCACUUAAAUGCUGAUGUUCAUGUGUUUAGAUUUCAUGUCAUAUAUGGAGCAUGCAUAUGUCUGACUCUGCCAUUUUUUUCCUCUUCAAAGCAUCUAUCUGUGCUGAAAGAGGAAAGCAGGUUCAGUCCCCGAUGGCUCAUAUUAAAGGAACCAAGGUAGCAGGACUGGCAGAGAAUU